AUGCCAAUUCAACACUCGACUGUCACUAAAUUAAGAAGCGCUGCUGAAUCAGAAAAUUACGACAAAACCACAGUAUCACUUACAGAAGCGCUCAAAUCGGAGCUUUCAGGCAAGAUGUUCAGGGAUGUCGAUAAGUUCUGGGACGUACAUUUUGAAGAAAAAACCUGGUCCAGUCUGACAAAAAGUAUCUGGGAAAGCUAUCGCGACAAUGGUCAAUGUGGACCAAAGAACGAGUUCACGUGUGAUAUGAGCGAAAAAGCCAUAAGAAGCUGGCUUGACGCAUUUCGAGAUCGUUACCUGAAUCAAUUAUUGCAGAUAACAGAAAUAACAGGAAAUCUUCAACCUGCCGGAGAAAGGAAUUGUACUGGUCCACUUGUUCGGGGUAAAUUUUGCCAUAUUGAAGAGAAAGACCAAUUUGAUGGAGGACUAAGUGUAAGGCAAGUAGACUUCUUCAUCGAAAGUGUUGAGAUCCCAGAUUGUCAUGUGCACAAAUGGAGAGAUGUAAGAGCCGUCGGUGAGGUAACCUCGUCGGAGAAAAAAGUGGCUGUGAAGAUCAACCAGAUGAUAAGAUACGUCCGCGAAAUUUUUUAUGCGCAGCCGUUGCGUCGAUUCGUACAUGGGUUCUGCUUGCACGAAAAGCACGUCGAGUUCUGGAUUAUUGAUCGAGCAGGCGCUUACAGCUCGGGCCAAAUAGACGUGAUGAAAGAUCAAGAAAAGCUAGUCCGUGGUCUGGCGUCGUAUAUGCUCAUGAGCGACGAAGAACUCGGGCUAGAUCCAGUCACAAGCUACGAUGAUGCCAACCGAUGUUUCAUGACCAUCUUGGAUAAAAACAAAGCUCCUGAAAAACUCGAGGUAUUUGCUAAGCCUCUUGCUCGACCGGAGACGAUAGUCUCGCGAGGAAGCACGUGCUUCAAGACGAUAGACAAUGAGUACCUCAUCAAGUUUUCCUGGGGCUCCGGUGCAAAAGAAAAUGAAAUACAGUUUCUUAAUCGUGCUAAACAGAUACCUGACGUAAUUCAGAUGGAGAAUUCAGGGAAGCUCUACGAAAUUGAAACACACCGAAAAAGUUUUCAAUUUCCUGAUGAUAAAAUAUGGGUCUUCAAUGCCAUAGACCAAACUCUCUCCCCCGGAAAAUUCGAUAUAACUUUUAGUGAUGAGCCUUACAUGAAACGUACACUGACAUUUGUCAAACUGACGCCGGUCGGCCGCCCACUUCAUACAUCGGUAACGGUCCAUCAAAGAGGUGUAACGAAUGGAAUUCUCAUUGAUCUAGACAUGUCCUCGUUACGUGAGAAUGAAAACGAGAAGGACCUGCCUAGAUCUAUAACUGGUACCACAAGAUAUAUGGCGUUGGAGCUUUUGCAAGCUAUUGCACAGAAACAAACAAGCCUUAAGCAAACCUACCGUCAUGACCUUGAAUCGUGUUUCUACGUCCUCAUAGUCGGAUUUCGAAUUAUUAACGCAUUCUUGCCUCAGUUUGAAGGUGUCAAGGAACUGGCUUGGAAUCUUCGUAGAAUUCUGUUUGGAGAGAAAGGUCUUGAAUUCGGGUCGCCAAUGGAUCCUAACAUUCUUUAUGAUCCUAUCAUAAAAGCUUUUGAUGGUACUAUUGAGAAACUUGAAGUUUAUGUCUUAGAUAAGAAGAACAACGAUGAUAUUCAGACAGGAAGGCGCGGUAACUUGCUAGUCAGGAAGAACUCACGGAAAGUGGCGGGACGGAAGAAAUAG